AUGGACCAGGGUGGCACCCGUUGCCUCUAUGACCGAGAGGGUUCGCUGAUUUGGUUGGUGGAGCACCUCCAUGCGAUGGGCUAUUGGGUUUGGAUUGUUCUGGUCUUGAUGCUCAGUUGCUGUUGCUGGCAAUUCCGUGGAGCUUUAGCCAAGCACUGGCAUUUGCUGACCUUUGCGCGGAUGCACUACCAUCUUUGUAAGGUGCGAAAGAACCCCAAGGUCCACGCGGGGGGCACCGCUCUUCUCGAUCUGCGAGAACUUGCAUACCAAGUUUGUGAUUGGCGUUGGGCUGCCGCUCUACUAUAA